GUCGCAACUCAACCUCGCCCGGCCCAUCGUCUCACGAUCGCUAGCUGUCUCCCAUCCUAACUCUUGAGUCCCACCCAUCCCCCUCCCUGCCCAGAUGCCCGUCGCCCUCGGAUCGGCGGCACCGCACAGGUCGCAACAAAUGCUGUGUGAGGCUGGAAUUCUCGCACUGUUCCGCGGGCGACGGCCGUCCCCUCCAACACAUCAUCGCCACCAAAACUCUUCGGCGCACACCGCACGCUCCGCACCGCCGGGCCUGUGUCACAUAGAUGCUGCCGGCCUCGCCCGACGACCUACGCCCUCGGCCAUUGCCUAUAUAAUGUUGCAAGGUUGCUCGAGUUCUGUAUCCCACCUCCCAUCCACUGCUCAUACCCCGACAGCUGUUCGCGUUUACGACUUCACGACUCACCAUAAUAGUACGACCUCAGGCAUUACGACGAAUCAUGCUUUUUGCCACGCUGGUGGUCCUCGUGGCUUCGGUGACCGCCGGGCCCAUCGAUUUCCCAAUCGUUCGCCUCCCGCGCAACAAUGAAGGGCAACAGUUCCAGACCCAGAGGUGGGCUUUACACCUUUGGCAUCGCGGCUCCGCGCUAACACGUAGCCUCACGAGUCUCGAGUCAGGCUUUGGUAUGAACAUUAAGAUUGGGUGUGCACUCAUUGCUUCUUGACAGCUCACACCAGAAACCAGGAUCUCUCGGUCUACCUCACCAUGGGAGAGGCCAACGGCCUCACGGUAUUUGGCUCCUUCAAAGACGGUCACAGCUGUUUCUU